CUCACAACUCGCCUGAAUGAAAACAGAGGAGCGACGCCACUGUCACUACCAGUGAAUCGGAGUUUAGGCAACAAAGAUCCUCUGUGAGCUUACGUUUAGGGUUCACCUAUCGAGUGUCAACGGUGUACAUUUCAAUCAGACCUGACGGAGCAGCAUGGACCCGCGAAAAGUGACGGAGUUAAAGGGCUUCGUACAGAUGUGCGAGUCCAGUUCCGAUAUCUUGCACCUUCCAGAGAUGGCCUUCUUCAGGACCUGGUUGCUGGGCAUGGGUGCAACAAUCCCGCCCCCGCCCAAGUCGGAGAGGUCGUCAUGCCAGGGUGGCUGUCCUUGUGGUCCUCCCCCUACAUCAGCUUCACCUCCUGAGCCAGAACCUCCUGUACUCUCUGAGAACGAGGAGAGUGAUAUAGAAAUGGACAACGAGGGAGUGAUCGAACCAGACACAGAUGAGCCGCAGGAGAUGGGAGAGUCAAGCAUUGAGGUCACAGAGCAGAUGAUGGAUGAGGCUGAUGAGAAGAAGAUGGCGGCCAUUGAUGCUCUUGGAGAAGGUAAUCUGCAGAAAGCUCUGGAUCUUUUAACCGAAGCCAUCAAGCUGAACCCCUGCGUAGCCAUCAUGUACGCCAAGAGGGCCAGUGUCUUUAUCCAGAUGCAGAAACCCAAUGCAGCCAUAAGGGACUGUGACCGAGCCAUCAGCAUCAACCCAGACUCUGCACAGCCUUACAAGUGGAGGGGAAAGGCUCACAGGCUGCUGGGCCACUGGGAGGAGGCAGCCAAGGACCUGGCCACGGCCUGUAAACUGGACUAUGACGAGGACACCAGUGCAAUGCUGAAGGAGGUCCAGCCAAAGGCACACAAAAUCAUUGAGCACAGACGCAAAUAUGAGCGUAAGAGAGAAGAGAAGGAGGUCCAGGAGAAACAAGAGCGGGUAAAGAAAGCCAGAGAGGAGCAUGCACGUGCUCAGAGGGAGGAGGAAGCCCGGCCGUUCGGAGGAGGAGGAGGAGGAGGAGGAGGAGGAUUCUUCCCAGCGGGCCCUGCUGGAUUCCCAGAAGGAGCCCCUGCCGGCAUGCCUGGUUUCGGUGAACUCCUGAAGGAUCCUGAGCUGCUCAACGCCAUGAAGGACCCGGAGGUUAUGACAGCCUUCCAGGAUGUGGCACAGAAUCCAGCAAACAUCGCAAAGUACCAGAACAACCCCAAAAUCAUGGCGCUAGUCACCAAGCUGAGCUCCAAGUUUGGAGCGUCACCGCAGCCUUAGAACCAAAGACGAGACUGGAUGGAUGGUGAAUAUAUUUGGAAAACCACAGCGCUUUUCAACUAUUAUUCCACUGUGUGCAGAUGAAACGGGGAUGCGGGGCGGGUUGAUUGGUGUUGGGGAGAGAAAGUGAGGCUACUUUUUAAAUGUUCUUAAAUCAGCCGGUUCAAACAAAGGUUAGGAGUCACUACUUCUGACUCGCCCCAGCUGGGACUUUACGUAACCACAGGUGGAUGUUUCCUAACGCGUAUCUGGAAAAAGCUAAACUGGGAGCUGCUGCAUUAAUACGCUGGCUCAAACAUUUCUACAGCGAUUUAUUACAUUAUUACGCUAACUACGGGCCUUUCCUUUCUCUGAACAGAGCCAAACUCUCACGUAUAACCAUCGGGUGUUUUUUGUUAUCGGAUCUGUUAUUAUAAAAUGCACACACAAAAAAUGUACUGAUGUUGAUGUCUGACCCUGUUGGAAAAUGACUCCCGAUAAUAAAACCUGUUGCUGCAAACCGA